AUGAAUUUCGUUUCUUUGAAGUGUUUCUUCGCUCCACCCAAACUGUAGCAAAUCUAGAACCGGAGCUAUCGUCGUUCGUCUCUCUAGGUUUUUGAUACUUUCCCAACCCUAGUUUCUAUGGUUUUCUAGUGCGAUUCUCCUCUGUUGCACUUCAAGCAAGGGAUAGGAAGUGCAAAUGGCGGAACUAGGGCAGCAAACGGUUGAUUUUUCGACCCUGGUAGGUCGGGCGGCGGAAGAAUCAUAUACUUCUCUCAAGGAAUUGGUCGAUAAUUCUAAAUCCGCUGAACAAUCUGAUACCGAGAAGAAAAUUAAUCUCCUUAAGUUUCUUGUUAAGACUCAGCAACGAAUGCUCCGACUUAAUGUGCUCGCUAAAUGGUGUCAGCAGGUUCCCUUGAUCCAAUAUUCUCAACAACUUACGUCAACAUUGUCAAACCAUGAUAUGUGUUUCACUCAAACUGCAGACUCACUGUUUUUCAUGCACGAGGGUUUACAACAAGCACGUGCUCCUAUUUAUGAUGUGCCAUCAGCUAUUGAAAUCCUCCUUACAGGAACCUAUCAGCGUUUACCAAAAUGUGUAGAAGAUGUAGGUGUACUGACCACAUUAAAUGAGGAAGAGCAGAAGCCAGUUCUAAAGAAGCUAGAUAUGCUUGUCAGGUCAAAAUUGCUUGAGGUCACACUUCCUAAAGAAAUAUCACAAGUGGACAUUUCUGAUGGUACUGUGCUUCUGCGUGUGGAUGGAGAGUUUAAGGUUUUAGUUACUCUUGGUUAUAGAGGACAUAUGUCUUUGUGGAGGAUAUUACAUUUAGAGUUACUAGUGGGAGAGCGAAGUGGGCCUGUGAAGCUGGAAGAAACAAGAAAGCAUAUCCUAGGAGAUGAUCUAGAGAGGAGGAUGGCGGCUUCUGAUAAUCCAUUUUUGUCAUUAUAUUCUGUUCUUCAUGAGCUUUGUGUUGCAUUAGUCAUGAAUACAGUUAUAAGACAAGUGCAAAUACUCCGGAAAGGCAGGUGGAGAGAUGCUAUCAAAUUUGAGCUUAUAUCUGAUGGUGGCAUGGGACAGGUUGCAACAACAGGUUCCUCACAGAUACAAGAUGUAGAAACUGAUUCGCCUGGUCUACGAACUCCAGGGCUGAAAAUACUGUAUUGGUUAGAUUUUGAUAAUAUAUCUGGAACAACUGACUCAUCUUCAUGCCCAUAUAUAAAGAUUGAACCAGGUUCAGAUAUGCUGAUAAAAUGCCUUCAUAGCACAUUUGUUAUAGAUCCAAUAACUGGAAAAGAAGCAGAAUUCUCCCUUGACCAAAGUUACAUUGACGUAGAGAAAUUGUUGCUGAGUGCUAUAUGCUAUAAUAGAUACACACGUCUACUUGAAGUGUACAAAGAAUUGGUCAAAUGCAGUGCUUCUGGUGAUGUUAUCCUUCAGAUCCACGCUGAUGAAUCUGCUGCUGACUAUAAAAAGGGUGAUGGAAAAUCUAUUGUCAGAGGAACUGAAGGGCAGGAAGUACUUCGUGUUCGUGCCUAUGGCUCAUCAUUUUUCUCCCUCGGGAUAAAUACAAGGAAGGGGCGUUUUCUUCUUCACUCAUCAAGGGAUAUUCUCACAGCUUCAACAAUAUUAGAGUGUGAAGAUGCCUUGAACCAGGGUAGUAUGACUGCUACUCAGGUGUUUUCAAGUUUGAGAAGCAAGAGUAUUCUGCACCUAUUUGCUUGCACAAGCAGAUUCAUAGGCCUCGAGGUCUAUGAAAAUAAUUUAUCUGCAGUGAAGCUGCCAAAAAACAUUUUGAAUGGUCCAAAUGUAUUGCUUAUGGGAUUUCCAGACUGUGGAAGCUCAUAUUUUUUGCUAAUGCAACUUGAUAAUGAUCUCAAACUCAUUUUUAAGUUGCUUGAGGCUAGAUCUGAUCCAUCUGGGAAAGUUCAAUCUCUUGCAGAGCUGAACAAUGUGAAUAGAGUUAAAAUCAUCGAUGUUGCUAACAUUCCAAUGCUUGAGGAUGAACUCAAUCUGAGUUUGCUUGAUUCAGGAAAGUUAAAUUUGCUCUCUCCAUCAGAUAUGGACACCAAUGAGAAUCCUGAACAUGCUCUUCUUUCUAAACUCAGCUUUAAUGACUCAAUGCUUGGCUUGGGGAGCCAAACAUCUAGCUUUUCUUCCGUUGUAGAUGAUGUUUUUGAACUGGAGAAAGGUUCAUCUGUUCAGAGUGUGCAUUUGUCAUUCAACAAAUCUUCUCAUUUUGGCAUGAAUUUUCAAAAUCAGAUGGCAGGAACCUCAUCCCCUAAGUGGGAAGGAGGACCACAAGUGCCACAGAUGAAUAGUGUCCCAAUGGUUUCAAGUGUGUCCCCUCAUUAUGGUGGACCUAUUUAUUCAUUUAGCAAUUCCAAGGGCAUGUUACAGUAUGACUCAGUUGGAUCACCUUCUAAUAUGGGAAGGAACUCAAAUUCGAAGAAGUUGUCAGCUUCAAAGUCUGAUCAGGAUUUGGCUUCUCUUCUAUCACCGCCUUCUGCUGAUUCUCAUUCUGUUAUUGAUGAGGACCGAUUGUCUGCUGGAAAUCUGUCAUCUCGAAUCUUAUCUCCACCAAAACCAACUGGUCCUCGACUUUCUGCUACAAUGACAAGACCCAGUGACCCAAAAAACUUAAUUACAGAGGCUUUAUCCGGGCCAGCUAAACUUCCUUGGCCUAACUCAUGGGCUGAAACGUCCUCUUAUUCUGGAGCUGGUCCUUACUCUGGUACUGGUACUGUUCCCAGACAUGAUAAAUGGUCUGGUAAGCGUACAAUUUCUGAUAUGCUGGGCCGUAUACCAACACUUCAAUGCUUGGAGACCUCUACAGGAUUACAUAAAAGGAGGAAAACCUCUGAAUCAACUCACACUCAGGGUACAUCAGCUCAGGCUCUUGUUUCGUCAGACUUGGCUAGUGUAACUGCAGGUUAUAAUUAUGCAAGUCUUGUUGCUGAAGCGAACAAAGGACAUGCACCAUCUACUGUAUAUGUGUCUGCUCUUCUUCAUGUGGUUAGACACUGCUCACUUUGUAUCAAACAUGCUAGACUAACUAGCCAAAUGAAGGCACUUGAUAUUCCAUUUGUUGAGGAUGUGGGUCUUAGAAUUGCCUCAUCACACAUUUGGUUCCGACUCCCAUUUGCCAAAGGGUAUACAUGGAAGACUGUUUGCUUGCGACUGGGUCAACCUGGAAGCAUGUAUUGGGAUGUCAAAAUCAAUGACCAGCAUUUUAAGGACUUAUGGGAGCUUCAAAAGGGAAGUGUUAGUACUCCAUGGGGAAGUGGUGUGCGCAUUGCAAAUGCAUCUGACGCAGAUUCACACAUACGUUAUGAUUCAGAAGGCGUUGUUCUAAGUUAUCAGUCCGUUGAGGCCAAUAGUAUCAAAAAAUUAGUUGCAGAUAUUCAAAGGCUAUAUAGUGCUAGGACGUUUGCACAUGGAAUGCGGAACCUUCUUGGAGUGAGAUCAGAUGAGAAGAUGGAAGAUUUCACUGCAAAUUCAGAUGGUAAAUCAGUGGCUAAUGCAAAAGGUCCUCCAGAGACUAUCGAUAAACUUUCUGAACAAAUGAGGAGGGCUUUCAGUAUUGAGGCUGUUGGACUUAUGAGUUUGUGGUUUAGUUUUGGUUCUGGUGUCCUUGCCCGGUUUGUUGUUGAGUGGGAAUCUGGUAAAGAUGGAUGCACAAUGCAUGUGUCCCCUGAUCAGUUAUGGCCGCAUACAAAGUUCCUAGAGGAUUUCAUAAAUGGAGCUGAAGUUGCAUCCCUUUUGGAUUGCAUUCGCUUGACUGCUGGACCACUUCAUGCACUUGCUGCAGCUACACGACCUGCACGAGCUGGCCCCACUCCUGGAGUCUCUGGUGCUGCAACUUCAGUCCCCCCUAGUGCUAAACAGAGUGUCUUUCUGCAGCCUCAAGGACAUACACAAAGCAAUGUGACAGCCAAUGCUACUCAAGGUUUAUCUGGCUCUGGAGGGAACCCUGGUUCUUCAACCCCUUCUGGCCCUUCAGGGAAUCAUGGCCUUCACGGUGCUUCUGGUCGUGGUGGGCCUGGUAUUGUUCCUAGCUCACUGUUGCCAAUUGAUGUCUCAGUUGUUCUACGUGGUCCAUAUUGGAUCAGAAUAAUCUACAGGGAGUAUUUUGCAGUCGAUAUGCGCUGUUUUGCUGGAGAUCAGGUUUGGCUUCAACCUGCUACACCCCCUAAAGAGGGACCUUCUGUCGGAGGAUCAUUACCAUGCCCACAGUUUCGACCUUUUAUUAUGGAGCACGUGGCUCAGGAGUUGAAUGGUUUAGAGCCUAAUUUUACAGGUGGUCAACAGAAUCUUGGAAUGUCAAAUAUAAAUAGUCCAAGUAAUGGUACGUCUCCACAAUUGUCAAAUUCUGCUGGGAAUAGAGUGAACCUCCCUCGAGUUGGAGCUCAAGUUAUCAACCGAGUAGGAAAUUCCCUUCCCACAUCAUCAAAUACGUCGAUGGGAAACUCAGGCCUGCCUUUACGUAGAGCACCUGCUGCAGGUGUUCCGGCUCAUGUUAGAGGGGAGCUGAAUACAGCAAUUAUAGGACUUGGAGACGAUGGAGGUUAUGGUGGUGGAUGGGUUCCCAUUGUUGCUCUGAAGAAGGUUCUUAGAGGGAUUUUAAAAUAUCUUGGAGUUCUAUGGUUGUUUGCGCAAUUACCUGACCUUUUGAGAGAGAUUUUGGGGUCAAUCCUUAAAGAUAGUGAAGGAACACUCUUAAACUUAGACCAUGAGCAGCCAGCUCUGCGGUUCUUUGUGGGUGGAUAUGUGUUUGCUGUAAGUGUCCACAGAGUACAACUUCUGCUGCAAGUCCUUAGUGUAAAACGCUUUCAUCAAUCCCAGCAGCAGAAUCCAGCCACUUCUCAAGAGGAGCUAACUCAAUCAGAAAUAAGCGAGAUUUGUGAAUUUUUUAGCCGACGUGUUGCUUCAGAGCCCUACGAUGCUUCGCGUGUAGCAUCCUUUGUAACUCUCUUAACUUUGCCGAUUUCAGUUUUAAGAGAAUUUCUAAAGCUUAUUUCUUGGAAAAAGGGAUUAGCUCAAGCUCAAGGAGGAGAUACUGCACCCUCACAAAAACCUCGUAUUGAACUCUGCCUUGAGAAUCACGCAGGCUUUAAUCCCGAUGGAAGUUCUGAUAAUUCAUCUGUGACGAAAAGUAACAUUCAUUAUGAUAGGCCCCGCAAUUCGGUUGAUUUUGGUCUCACUGUGGUUCUUGAUCCUGCACAUAUACCUCACAUAAAUGCUGCAGGGGGUGCUGCUUGGUUGCCUUAUUGUGUUUCAGUUCGGUUAAGAUAUUCCUUUGGUGACAAUCCUUCCGUUUCUUUUAUUGGGAUGGAAGGAAGUCAUGGUGGACGUGCUUGCUGGCUAAGAAUCGAUGAUUGGGAGAAAUCUAAACAGAGGGUAGCUAGAACUAUUGAAGUGAAUGGAUCUGCUGGUGAUGUUACUCAAGGUAGGUUGAGAAUAAUUGCAGAUAGUGUUCAGAGAACCUUGCAUAUAUGCCUCCAAGGAUUAAGGGAUGGCAGUGGUGGAGUCGUCACUGCUAGUGCUGCUGGCCCUAUAUCACACUGACAGGAUAAACCCUAGUGCGAUUGCGUUUGGAAGCAUUUUUUGGGAGGACAAGGAAAUUGUCUGCUAAAUGUGAUUGGAGAAAGAAAAUAGAGGAUAAAAACAUGUUCAUAACAACAGCAGCUGCUACUACAACAGAUCUAGAAGAAUUUAAUGUUGUUUUUUUUUACCUCAUUCUUCUCCUCACUACAGCUUGUAGAAAUGGUUGGCUUACUCUAAGUAGUAGUGUGUACACCAUUUUCUUUAUUAUCCUAGUUUUAGUCAUCUCAAUUAAUUUUUGAUUUUAAGUCUAAUAUAGUGAAGAAAGGAUGGACAGGUAAAAUGUACAGAAGAUAGGUUUUGGCUUGAUUGUGAUCAAAUGUGUUUUUUUUAAAAACUAAUCCAUGGGAGGACAUUUUCUUUAAUUUGAGGACUUUGUUUCUACUA